GCUAAAAGCCACCGAUAAGCUGCAAUUAUUAGUCGUUAUCGACUCGCUGCAGCGAGCAACAUCUUCGUUCCGAGUAUAUGUAAGUGUCACUGGCCGUGCAAAUUGUUUGUCAAAAAAAAUGUUAUGAGCCGAAAUGGACACGGCGGCUCUGAUCCAACUGGUGCUCGUGGUGUCGGCGGCUCUCUGGCCAUAUCGCAGGAGCGACGCGGCUUACGCCAGUGGGCUCAUUCGCAAGCUCAAGUGCUGGCCAAAGUUCCUCAGGUACGACGAGUUCCAGAUCGAUUUUCACUUCGCCAGCAGACGCUACGAGGCAGUUUGGACGGCCGGUGGCAAUUUGGACGUCAGCAGGUACGACUUCGAGCCGAGGCGCCCGACGGCCGUCCUGGUACACGGAUACUUGGGCAAGCUCUACGACGAUCCCAUGAAUAAGUUGAAGGAGCGACUUUUGACCUGGAAAGACAUGAACGUCAUCUACGUAAACUGGGAGGCCGGAUGCUCGAAUCUUCUGCUGUACGAGCAAGCGGCUGCCAACGCCGAAUUCACUGCCUUAACCAUAAGAUCGCUGUUAAGCAGCUUAAAUAAUUACUGGAUCGGCCGAAACGUAAGCCGCGAACAAUGGGGCAAAGUCCACUUUAUCGGUCACAGCCUCGGGGCUCACGCGUCGGGUCACGCGGCCUCGCUUCUACGAAAAUCCGAUAACUUUGGCGUGGAUCGGAUUAGCGGCCUGGAUCCGGCCGAGCCGUGCUUCGAGGCCCCGGGAAAGUCGCCCUUUCGACUCUCCAAGCGUCAGGCCAAGUUCGUCGACGUCAUUCACACCGACAUAGCCAGGUGGAAAAAUAACGGCUUCGGUUUGCCAAAACCCAUCGGUCACGUGGAUUUUUACGUGAACGGAGGAGGACCCCAACCCGGCUGCAACCCCAUCACGAACCUCUUCGGUAGAUCCAAGCGAGCGAUCAUCAACCGAUCUUUUCCAACCGAUCUCAAUUACGUUUUCCUCAUACCUCAUGCCUUCUUCCUCGGUGGCGUGUGCGAUCAUUUUCGAGCCGUCUUGGUUUACCUCGAGUCCGUCGAAUUGGCCAUCACGAAGAGAUGCAGCUUUUUCGGGCAACCUUGGCGACUCGGCGAUAGCAAGCCACGCUCGACAGGUUGCAUCAACGCCAACAGCUGCCCGCACAUGGGAAUCGAGGCCGAGAACUUUGACUACAAGGAUGGCUUGCGAAUUUUCUACGUGGCUACCAACGAUGCCGAUCCUUAUUGUAAAGUUUGACCGGAUUUUUUUUUCAUGCUUGUCGACGAUUUCGAGCGAAAGCAGCAUUUUAUGGAAAGUAAAUUAUCGAUCUUUGACACUCGAUGUGAGUACUUUGAAGCGUACAUGCAGUUGUCUCAAGGUCGAUAUUUUAAUGCAUGUGUAUGUGGCUCAAUUGCAAAAUAUGCGGCAUUGAAUAGAAAUAUAAACGUUACAGUAUUCUUAUAGGAGAUAGUUGUAAGUCAAUAAAAGCUAAAAAUUAUUUUACGACUCUA